GGAGGAUUUAGUAAACCUAUAUAAAGGGCAAUUCUUUCUCUUACCCUACUUUGAGAACCCAAACCUGUGAGAGAAAAUCGCUGUGGAAGUUCAAUGGGAAAACUGUGGAACCAGCCUUACCGGAAAAGUGACGUGGAAGCCGGAACUGCGCCGUUGUAUCCGUCGAUGUUGGAAAGUCCUGAACUCCGGUGGUCUUUUAUUCGAAAAGUUUACUCCAUUAUUACUAUACAAUUGCUUCUCACCGUUGCUGUUGCCUCCGUCGUCGUUACCGUUCAUCCCAUUUCUCACUUCUUUGUCACAACAAGAGCAGGCUUAGCAGUUUACAUACUUCUUAUCAUUACUCCAUUUAUCACGUUGUUCCCAUUGUAUUUCUAUCACCAGAGACAUCCGAUUAACUACUUUCUUCUUGGAUUGUUUACCGUUUCUCUUGCAUUUACUGUCGGAUUGACUUGCGCCUUCACCAGGGGCAAAGUAAUUUUGGAGGCAGUCAUACUGACAACGGCAGUGGUGAUUAGUCUGACAUUAUACACCUUUUGGGCAGCUAAAAGAGGCCAAGAUUUCAACUUCCUGGGACCUUUCUUGUUCAGUGCUCUUAUUGUUCUUCUGUUGUUUGCCUUGAUCCAGAUCUUUUUCCCUUUGGGUAAGAUCGUUGUGAUGAUCUAUAGUGGUCUGGCGACGAUCAUAUUCUGUGGAUACAUUAUCUACGAUACAGACAAUCUAAUCAAGCGCCAUACAUAUGAUGAGUACAUCUGGGCUGCUGUAUCCUUGUAUCUUGAUGUUAUCAAUUUGUUUCUUGUUCUGUUGAGCUUUCUGGAUGCUGCUGACAGCUAAAAGAGAGGAAGAGCUAUACUAAACAUUCUAUCUCGUCAUUUACAUGCUUAUCAUUGUAGUUUCUUUUCCGUAGUUUCGUUUUUUCCUCUUUUGUUAUGGAUGGUCUGCUUAUUGAUAAUUGUAUAGCACGUUUUCUUAGUUAGAAGAACUGCAUCUACUUUUGCCAAA